AUGGACAGCGCAAGUGAUCUUAUUAUGGAUGGUCCUGGUCUCUUGGAGCACCCCGACCCUGCUGUUAAGGAACGACUGCAAAGCUUCUCCGAACUUGGAGGGCUACGCUGCAAGUUGGCUGAAUGGCUAAACGAUCUGGGGCGCCAAGCACUUCAACUUUGGAGGAACAACAGUGUUGGAGGAGCACGGAAGUUUUUCAAAGAGCGAACUGCUACUGGUCCGUUGACAGUGGAUGAGGUUGGCUUCCUCGUUCUAGUAUGGGGCCUAUGUAUUCGCGAAUUUUUGACAGCGUUUGGCAUGGAUCCAGAAGUGUUGGUGGAGCUUUAUUAUGGCACGCCAGACGAGUAUGACGUGAAGACAUGCUCCAAUGAAUCCCUGGCUUAUCUCCUCCGUCAUGGAAGUGAUGUUAACCUCUUGAUUGGGUCUGGCAUUAAAACAAAAAUUAUAUAUGACAAUGGAGUAAGGUUUGAACAUAAUUAA